UCCACCUACAUCACCUAUCCCUACUCGCCUGAUUGAAUUUUACCAAAGACCGGGAGUUUUUCGUGGAUCCGGUAUCCCAGUCUCCCGCGUUUCGUCGCUCAACGAUAAGGAAGUCGAUUGAUUGCGCUGCAACGUCAACGCACCGACUACCGGCCAACCAAACCAGCGGCGGGUCCAGAGCAGGCCAGGCCAGACACAGCCUACCUCUCUCUACCUGCACUUCAGUCAUUCAUGCUGAACCACCGUUGAAACGACGCAACUUCCAUCUUGAUCCUGCCAACCUACCCACCUCCACUGCACAACCUUACCUUACCUACCUACAACCCGACCUUUGCCAUGCUGACCUACCUACCCAAUCCAACACUAGACUAACCUUUCCAUCGUGUGCAUGCAGUUUUGCAUCAUUGUUGCCACUUAUUCUCCCUUUCUAUCAAACGUUUCUUUUUCCUUUUGGUCGAAUUGAAGAGCCGCGCAUUCGCCUUAUUUGAGCCGGCCUAAGUCUGCGAUCGUGCCCGCCGCUCUCCACCGCCGACCGGGCACAGCCAGAAUAAACACACCAGACCAUCUCAGACUGGCACAAAAAAAAUGGCCACAGUAAUCGGCGAUUUCGCCUCGGAUCCCUCGAGGUUCCGUCACAAUAUGGUAUUUCAACCGCAGCCGCCUCAACUAUCGCAAUCGCAAUCGCACUCCCACCAUCACCAUAAACAGCAGCAGCAUCAGCAUCAGCAACCUUACCGCUCUUCCAACCAAUCCUGGGAGAGCGCUCACACCACCUCUUCUGCCCCGCGACAAGAACCUCAACCCACCGAAACUAGUCCAUCAAUACCGACGCCGUCAUCAUCCGUCGCGUCCUCGACCCCACUUAGCAACUAUACAACGUCGGCACCAAUAGCACACCAAACUAGGCCGUCAUCGGCCGACCGCCAACUCCAGAAGCAACCUGCGCCACCCGACGACGACUCGGGCGCCUCGCGCUUCCCAACCCCUCCCGACUCCUCAUCUCCAAGUGUGUCAAACUUGGGUGGUGUCCACCCGCAAAAGCAUGUCGGCACCGAUCCGCCACGCCCGCACUCGCAACCCCACCCCGAGUAUAUGGACACAUCGGCCGAUGCUACUGAUGCCGCGGUAGUUAUUGCCCCAUCUUCUGACCCUCCAUCCACGGCUGCCUCCGAUGCUACCAUUGUUCCGCCAUUCUCGGACACGACUGCCGCUCCUGCUGCCGCCGCAGGGUCAGUUGAGCAGUCCUCGGUCGCGUCCUCGUCUGCAAACAGCAAGCCUGCACAUUCAAUCCCGUCUCCUGUCAGCGACAGCUUUCCUUCCCAUUGGGCCCCGAGCCCAGUUCCUGACUCGCCGACGCGACCUGCCCAACCACAGCAGACCACAGUCCGGAUUCGCGACCUUUCACAUAUUCAAUCUCUUGCACGUGCCGAUCUCGUCACGGGCGGCAACAACAAUGGAGGGAUCCUGAAUGUCGACCCACCACUCUCGCAGAUGAAAUAUGAUAUCAGCGAAAUGCCGAUUGGUGACGUUAUCGAGAUGGUGGCUGCGCUUCUCACCAAGAUCACGACGACCAACGAUCUGCAGCAUGAUGCUUUGAGCAGGAAUGCAACGCAUCAACGACAAGCGCAAGCGGCGCAGCAACAGCAGCAACAAGACGGGAACGGAGAGGGUAGUAGCAAAGGAGAUGGAGUGAUCACUGCCAACAGUAACAGCAGCGGCAACGGCAGCAGUCCGUACGCGAACAGCGUUCUGGCUUUCCAUGGGAAGAACGUACCUGCCAUCACCAUACUUAGCUAUCUUAGCCGCAUCCAUAAGUAUUGCCCCACUACGUUUGAGGUUUUCUUGAGCCUGUUGGUUUAUUUUGAUCGGAUGACAGAAAGAGUCAACGAUCUGGUCGUGCGGAGCGAGCAGGAGAAGAAGGAGGCCGAGGCAAAGACGAAAAGCCAGGGAGAUGUUGUUAUGAGUAACGACGGUGGCGUUGCCCAACAAGAAGAUGAAAUGGAUGAAGACCUCGCCGACAGCGACGACGAGGGAGAGGCUCCUACAAAGAGUAGCUCCACCAACGGCGAUGCUGGCGUUGCCGGGUCUAAAGAGGCUCCACGUGAGUCCGCGGCCUCAACACCGCCCCCGCCGGCUCUGAGCAGCACAGCGACUUAUUUUGUCGUGGAUAGCUAUAACAUCCACCGACUCAUCAUUGCGGGUGUGACGUGCGCAAGCAAGUUUUUCUCGGAUGUUUUUUAUACCAAUUCGAGAUAUGCCAAGGUCGGAGGCCUUCCGCUUGCUGAGCUAAACCACCUUGAGCUCCAAUUUCUUCUCCUGAAUGAUUUCCGCCUCGCUGUUCCAGUCGAGGACCUCGAGGCAUAUGCAACUAUGCUUGUCGAGUUUUAUGCCAGAGACGUUGUUGCCCAACGCUCUAGACCUUCUUCGGACUGAUUUACGGUCAUGAUAAAGUUCAUCAGCUUGGUACAGGGUGUAGGAUGAUACGAUGCGUCCAAGGGGCUACGGCUGCGCGUUGACCCCUGCAAGACUAGCUAGCCUGGUCGUCACGAUGUACGCCACUCCCGGCGCAUAUGUGGCUUGGUCCCCUGCUUAGCAGUGCAAAUAUCCAUAUCCCGGGUAAGCGCAAAGACGCGAGUCAACUUAUGUGGAGCAAGGCGCAAUGCACUCUACUUCGUACUGCGUUACUGGGAAUAGACAUGGACUGCCGCUUCAUGUGGCAGGCAUAAACACAUAUCUAUUCUCUGGUAUCAUUAUUUUACUUACAGAGAUAACUUCUCCCUUCGACGAGGUGUAUACUGAAGGGAUUGUUAAGACAAACAUGAAAUUAGAAUGGGGCAAAUCGGUUGAUCUCUACAGUUUAGAGCGGAGGUGCAGCCUCUGGAAACUUAUGGCUGAUUCCCGUUUUUUAUUCGCAUUUUGGGAUUUCAUGUUCAAACCGACGGGUUUCUUUCUUCAUUGUUGAGGAGUAUGGGGAAAUUAAAGGGUCGUUUUAUAAUGCUGAUGACCUGUUGGUUGUUUAUAAUUUUCUAUUGGACUCUUUUUUUCUAUUCUAUCACGUUCCUGCGCUUAUGAUAAAGGUGUGGGGGUACUUCUACAAAUUACAAGAUGUUUUGUUGGGAGUCUAGAAGGAGUCACUCAUGGGCUGCCCUCACUUAUUAUCAACCCUCCCAGGAGAUAUAGUGAGGACCACCGCAG